AUGCCGGCCGCGAGUCUUUUCAUUGUAAUCGUCGCUUGUUUAGGUGAAAUAACCUGCGUUAAACUCGAUCCGGAUUUGAAGAGAUGUCCAGACGGAGAUUUCUACGAUCUGGGAUAUUCGCCGCACUGCACUUACACCUGCAGGAAUGGGUCACUGGACGAUGACACAGAAUAUUGGGGUGAUUAUAAAGAUGGUAUCGCGUGCGUUGCUCUUACAAAUGCUAACAGUACACAGUUCACACACAUUGGGACUUGCAAAAACGGAACAUGCGUUAAGUAUGAUGAAGCGAACAUUCAACAAGUAUGGAGCACACUUCCUGAGUUGCAAGCCGAGUUUCAUGAUUGCGACACCAUUUCAAGCGACAAUCCUGUGGAAAACUGCCUGUAUAUUUGCAAGAAAUCUCAAUUUGCAAAUGAGGGAUUUUUCUUCGGAAUUUACAGGGAUCGUAAUACAUGCAAAGUCAAAAAUGGCGAGCUCGGCAUCUGCUUGAGUGGAUUUUGCCACGGAAAAAAAUACUUUUCGAAAAUUGAUGACGAUUCCCUUAAACCUUAG